CACCAGCUUUUGCUCCAUCUGGCUCGCGGGAUCUUCGAAGAGCAGAGCAACCUUGAGAAGCUGGUCCAGAAAAUCAUGUUAGAUGCCCAGGAUCUCCUCAAGUGCGAGAGGUGCUACGUCUACCUGCUGGAGGACUCCUUCGAGAGGGUG